GUUAAUGAUUGCAUGUGAUCUGACUGUGUGGUUGUGAGCCACGAGUGGACAUAAGGCGGGGAGGGAGGGAGAUGUGUGGAUUGAAAGGUGAGAGAGAGAGAGAGAGAGAGAACGGCGGACUGUGAUUAGCACUGACAGAUAGAGUGGUGCAACAGCGCCAGGCAGGACACACACACACACCAAAAGGGAUGCAUCUGUGUUAGUUAGCACCGCCGCAUUCACUGACUAGUUAUAUUGCAGAGAGGGACGUGGGUUUUCUCUCUCUCUCUCUCUCUCUCUCUCUCGUUGUUGCUGCUUGCUCUCCAUUUGUGUUGUAGCAAAGAUCGAGCCAACAAGGAAGAUGAGGAUGGUGUCGCCUUUUGACCACUGGCAUUCCAACAGCUGCUGCUUCUGCUGUCACGUCCGCACAGGGACCAUCAUCCUGGGGGUUUGGUACAUGCUAAUAGAUGGUGUGGUCCUUCUGAUUUUACUGUCUGCUCUCAGUGACCCUGAUCGAUACCAGCUGCCGAGUGUUGAUCUGGGCAGCGACCUUGACUUUAUUGAUGAUGCCAACAUAUGUAUCGCCACGGCGAUUUCCCUCUUAAUGAUAAUGAUCUGCGGGAUGGCAACGUACGGAGCUUACAAGCAACGCAGCGCUUGGAUCAUCCCGUUUUUCUGUUACCAGCUGUUUGACUUUGCCCUGAACACCCUGGUAGCAAUCAGUGUGGUUGUCUAUCCAAAUUCCAUUCAAGACUACCUGCAACAGAUGCCGGCUAAUUUCCCUUACAAGGAAGAGAUAAUGUCUAUGAACUCCACAUGCCUGGUGUUUAUUGUUCUUAUCUUCAUCGGUGUCAUCCUGGCGUUCAAGGCUUACCUAAUUGGUUGCGUCUGGAACUGCUACAGAUACAUCAACAGCAGGAAUUCAUCAGACGUUUUGGUCUACGUCACCACGAACGACACUGCGGUCCUUCUGCCACCUUACGAGGAAGCUGUGAUGAUGCCUGUGAAGGAACCUCCUCCUCCUUACAUGUCGGUGUAAAACAAAAUAACCCGGGAGAGAAUUUAAAGCGACCUGGAUGCGUGCGCACACCAUCAGAUCGAGAGUAAUUUGGAGAAACACUCUGUCUGCUCCGUUGCACAUAGAUCUUUUCCUAUUUGCCGAGAGAAGUGAUCUCGAGUUACGAAUCUGUUCUGCACUGUUCAGUUGCUGACUUUGGAAUUAAGAUGCAAUAAGAAGGACACUUAAAUUGUGCUUUAUGGCUCCUGCUAAACCCCUUUAAAAUGAAAUGCAGUAAACUCCUGAUAACUCAAGCCUGGCUUAAAUUGUCACUACCACUUAAAUCAGGGUGGUCCAACCUUAUGGCUGCUGAGGGCUUGAUGUUGGAUUUGAGAAACGUCCGGGGGACACAUAAUAAGCAAUAUUUUAUCCUAUUUGGCCAGUCCCGGUGUCGGGCAGAGCCUGAGCCCCUGGUGACUGUCUCCUGUAUUUGCUCGUCAAACAGUGAAGUUGGGAAUGGUUCGCAGGCCAUCCCCUGGGCCAGAUGCACCAGUUGGACCACCUUCACUUAAGUCAUCACGUUGCCAAUAUCCCAGCACAUAUUCCAGAUAACUUGCCACUGAGCCCCUUUCCCUUGGAGUGACGAGUUAUCAGGAGUUGCCUGUAGCUUCUAAAAUUCAUCUCGAAGUCGCUGCUGUAAUUAUUUCCUGCCGGCUGUUACUGUCUCGCAGAUCACUGUUUUGAGCAUAGUUCCACAACAACAAUUUUAUUGAUUUGUAUAUCGCCUCUCACGCAGUGCAGCUUCCAGAGCCCUAUUACUGUUGCGAGCCUAGUUCGAAGACUUUUAAAAAAAACCUGUACAGAGUUUUACAAAGAAACUGUUUCAAAAUGUGAAGUCCAGGGAAAUUGUUUUUGAGCACUUGGGUCCUUUGUCGUUCUCUGAACAGCUUAAUUUUUCAGUGGAAACACUUCACAUCGGUGUGGGCGUCUCACACAGCAACAUAAAGGUGCAAUCAUUCUGCUUUCAUUAAUCAUCAUUGUCUUGGGGGUGAAAAAGCAAAUUAAAUCCACCUCUUCCUGGUUUGAUUAAGGAUUGUAUUCAAAGUUUCUUCUGCGUCACAUUUCAUGGUUCUCUCUCUCUCUCACUCACACUCUCUCUUUCACACGUGCAUCUUUCCAUCAUAGUUAUUAUAUUCUAAAGUUCAAGUAAAUGGUUGAAGCAAAUGCCGAAAUGAUUUUAAAUUGUUUAAAAUCCCUAGGGUGGAGCAACGUGAAUUUAUCUGAACCUUGAGUCUUUGAAUAGCUGUGUUUAAUGCUUGUAUCAUAUGAAACGUUAUUUAGUUUCCAGCUUUUGUGUGUGUGCGUGUAACUUGAUUGUUAAUGAAUUAAAUUGCUGUACCUUUAUUGAAGACUUGCCCAUUCAAAUUCAGACUUGCCUGUAACUAACCGUGCAUCAAUAAAAGCUUGGCAAGCUGACUCUGUGAGUUUUGCGAGUGAUGCCUCUGGUACCUCUUUGCCUGAAACGGUGGUUUUACAAAAGAAGUAUAGUAGCAAUAAUGUAGUGAUAAGGGUGGAAAUGCAUAGCGCACUCUCUCGCCUUUGAGUCAGAAGGUUGUGGGUUCAAGCCC